UUAAGUUUAUAUAAAAAGGCACUAGUUAUUUUUAUAAAACUCUAUUAAAUAAAACUUCCAAGGGUACCCCAUCAAACUUUUUAAUUCUCAUUCUUCUUAUCCUCUGUCAACAUUAUACUCAACUUAAUGGAAACUACCAUCAAUAUUCCAUCUCUCCACACCCCAUUCUCUAUUUCCCAAAUUCUCUCCUUCCAACCAAUCCUUUCCCCUCCUCCAUGGAAUACCAAUCAGCCUUCCCAUCCCCAUCCCAGCCGCCACCAUCACCACCGCUCAAAACAUAUAAGCUAACAGCAUCCUCGGUCUCUUAUACCAAAUUGACCACCACUACUACUUCCAUUACGAACUAUUUCCUUUUCAAGCCUUGCACUUCAAAGCCCCCAAUUUACAUCCUCCGGGAUGUCUCCUUCACGGCCAACCCCUCACAAAUCCUUGCCAUUGUUGGCCCAAGCGGAGCAGGAAAGUCCACUCUCCUUGACAUUCUAGCAGCUCGAACAUCACCAACAAAUGGAACUCUUCUACUAAAUUCCACUCCGAUCAACCCUUCUUCAUUUCGCAAGCUCUCUGCAUAUGUUCCUCAACAUGACGCAUGCUUGCCAUUGCUUACUGUAGCUGAAACUUUUGCUUUUGCUGCUCGACUUCUUGUCCCUGAAACAUCAGAAAUUGACACCAUUGUUUCAUCUCUUCUAUCAGAGCUAAGGCUAACGCAUUUGGCUAACACCAAGCUCGCUCAUGGGCUAUCAGGUGGUGAGCGCAGGCGUGUUUCAAUAGGUCUAAGUCUCCUCCAUGACCCUGCUGUGUUGCUGCUUGAUGAACCCACUUCGGGCCUUGAUAGUACUUCAGCUUUCAAUGUAAUGCAGAUCCUCAAAUCAAUAGCUGCUGCACGUCACCGCACUGUUGUUUUAUCCAUACAUCAACCAAGCUUCAAGAUUCUUUCCACCAUUGAUAGAGUCCUCUUGCUAUCAAAAGGGACAGUUGUGCACCAUGGUACACUUUGUUCACUUCAAAAAUUCUUACACUCCAGUGGGUUUACUGUCCCUCCUCAGCUCAAUGCCCUCGAGUAUGCCAUGGAAAUACUGAACCGGCUGCAUGAGAGCAAGCCAAUUACACCGCCACCACUCCUUCCGUCACCAGAAGACUCAACAACUCCUAACAAUAAUGAAGCAAGUGAUAUCAGGUAUAGAAGCUCAAGAUUACAUGAAAUCUGCUCUUUGUUUAACAGGUUUUGGAAGAUUAUUUACAGAACAAGGCAGCUUCUUUUAACCAAUACAUUGGAAGCUCUUAUUGUGGGCCUUGUUUUAGGAACAAUCUAUAUUAAGAUUGGUUAUGACAUGGAAGCUAUAGAGAAAAGGUUUGGUCUCUUUGCAUUCACUCUCACCUUCCUUCUUUCCUCUACGACUGAAACGCUUCCAGUCUUCCUUGAUGAAAGGCCAAUUCUGCUGAAGGAAACUUCAAGUGGGGUUUAUAGACUGUCAUCUUAUCUCAUAGCUAAUACCCUUGUCUUCUUGCCAUAUUUGCUUGUCAUUGCGAUCAUAUAUUCAACUUCUGUCUACUUCUUAGUGGGUCUAUGUGCUUCAUGGCAAGCUUUUGCUUUCUUCGUUUUGGUCAUUUGGAUCGUAGUUCUAAUGGCAAAUUCAUUUGUCCUCUUCUUGAGCUCUCUUGCACCAAAUUAUAUAGCCGGAACUUCACUUGUUACAGUACUUCUUGGUGCUUUUUUCCUCUUCUCUGGUUACUUCAUAUCCAAGGAUAGCUUGCCCAAGUACUGGCUUUUCAUGCAUUUCUUCUCAAUGUACAAGUACGCACUUGAUGCGCUGCUUAUCAAUGAGUAUUCUUGCCUUGUGUCAAGGUGUUUUCUGUGGUACAAUGAAACCAAGACUUGCAUGCUAACAGGAGGUGAUGUAUUAGAAAAGAAAGGACUCCAUGAGAUGCAGAGAUGGACAAACAUCUACAUGUUGCUUGGGUUCUUUGUGUUCUAUCGUGUGCUUUGUUUGCUGGUUUUGAUCAGAAGGGUGUCAAGAUCGAAGAAAUGAAGAUUUGCAGAAAUUAUGUGUCAACUGCCACGUUUGAUUUUUUUUUUUUUAAUUUUACGCCUUAUUUUCUGCUUUAUGUCCCAUUCUUCUUUCCGCUAUUCACAAAUCAUAGUCCUUGUAAUGGCUGCUUGGAACUCCAACUAAAUUAUGCCAAUAAUCAGGUUUGAUUCUUCAUGUUAACAGGGCAAAUACUUAGAAUUUGCCACCACAUUAUCUUUUCUUUUCCAUUUUCUUCUUCUUUUAAGUUUUCUUUAGGCCACAAAGGAUGCAAGGAAGUUUCAAAUGGCCUAAAACACGUCCUCGUAUGCGCUAGAAAGCUCACAAUUUUUUUCUUUUUACAAGAUAUGGCUGGCAUCGUGACAUCGUUUCAUGUAAUUUGUCCGGAUUACUUUUCACUCCCCAAAAUUGACUUUCCUUUACAUGUUCCAGGCUAUAACAUGUCUAUUCUUCUUGAUUGGGGACCAAUCAGAAAGAUCUGGUCGCAUAAUUAUCAACUUCACAGUGAUAUAUGGAUUUUAAACCGUAGCAAGAAAAUUCUUUAUGAAUACUGCCAUUUGCAUGGUAUUGAAACAAUAUGUCAUUGUCCUAAACCCGAUCAAAACUCUGUCAACACAACCCUCAAAUUUAUCAGCCACUACUGCCAUUCAGAACAAGGUGGCCUGGGGGGCUCCAAGUUUUUUAACAGGAGCAUGACGAGGCGAGAUGUGGUCGAUGAGUUGGCAAGAAUACAAAAAAAAAAAGUUGGCUUGACCCAUUCUCAUCUCUGCUAAAGAAUGUGUCACGGGUCUCUGUCUAUUUGUGAUGCUGAGGCCUGAAAGUAAAGAAGAAUCCAGGUGUCGUCCUCGAUAUAAAUAGGGUCUUGUCGGGUGGUGAAAUGCUGGGACG